UUGAUGUAUGUUAUAUUAUGCUGAUGUUUAUGAUUGCUUUAAUUCUUUCAGCUUGCUCUUGAAAAUUAUUCUAAAAUGAGCUGCUUUAAAGUAUUAAAGGUUGAAAAAAAUGCUGUAAUAGACAUCAUUCACAUCAAGAGCAUUACCUCAGCGUUACAUGAGUGCAAUCAAGUGUCAAAUCCUCAACGUGUUAUUUGUUUAAUUAAAGGAUUACAGGAAUCGUUUACAUUAACUGAGGAUAAAACAAGACUUGCAAACAUGUUAAGAACUGUAAAAACAGUUGAUAUAAUUAUAAUUCUUUUAAGAAAGCUAGCUGUUUUAGAUGAUGAGAUAUCACAUGAAGCCUGCAUUUGUAUUUGUAAAUCUUUACAAUUGUAUGUUGAGAAUGGAACUUUAAAAUCUAUUUACUACUUGACUGACAACGCAAAAUUUAGAAUUCUGGAGGAAAUGGUUGACAAAAGAUUUGGUGCUGAAAUACAAAAACUCAUUAUUAGUUUGCAUUUUAAAGAUUGCAGAAUAAUUGGUGAAUUGAUUCCAGUUAGGAAAUUAAAUGUGAAAGAUACUGAAAUUGCUGGUCUAAUGUCAAUUUUAGCUUUUAAUGGAAAAAGUAUCAACAGGAAAAUUCUAGAUGAAGUUUGUAAAGCUCUUGAAAGUGAAAUAGUGGACCCUGAUGCAAAAGAAGUUCUGAAUAGCUUUUGUUUAUCUAGUGAUGCUUUAGAAACUGGAGGUGUUGCUUGUAGCAGACUCUCAUGUGCUUUUUUACAGGAUGAAAUUGGUUGUAGUGAGUUUUGGUCUUCCUCAUUUUCAGAGGGUUUCAAAUUUGGCAGCCUUCUCAUUACUAUGAAAAGCAAAAUUUAUACUAUAUUGUUAAGAACUGAGAGCCAGACUGUCACUGCACUGACUCUUAGCAUUCUGGUAUUUUUGAUAGAUCAUGGUUUUUAUUCCAAAGAUGAUGAAAUAAAACAAAUCACUAGUAUUUUACUUGAGAAAUUAAAAUUAAGUGAGCUUGCUAGUGGUGUAAUGAAAGAAAUGAUAUUAAAGAUUAUAUCACUGGCUCUACUAUCAUUGCAGCUACUUCUAAAACAACGCAUACAUCUAUCUGUGAAAGCUCUUCUCAGUGACUUUAGCAAUAAUUCCACAAUCUUUAUCCAGCAAGAUCAUUCUUUGACAAAAGAAACCAUUCAUUAUACUCGUAUGAAACAUGAACCUGAUGAAGAUUUCACCAAAGUUGUAGUUCAAAGUCCUCAAGAUGCAUCUUAUGAUGCAAAAAUUACACAAAAUUCUGUACAACGACAAUUACGGGAAAAUUUUAAACCGGAUAUUUUUCCAAUUUUUGAUACUAACACAGAAAAUAAUACAAAGUGCCAGGAUUUGUGCAAGUGCCUAAUUAGUUUGGUUGAUAACAGUGAUUUUGAUGUAUCUGUGAUGAGUGCUGAACUUCUUUUCAAUAUAUUCAACAUUGAAAACCAUAUAUUAUUACGUGCUAAAGAAGAUGUCUAUGUGUAUUCACCAGAAGAGUCUGUGAAUGGUCAUGAAAGGGAAAUAGUAGCUACAAUGACUGAUACAGUUAAACUUAUUACCAAAUUGACACAGAGACAACACAUUACGGAUGAAGACAAAAAGAACAUAGCAAUGAAACUAGAUAAUUUUUCAAAGUUAUGCAUAUUAGAUGAGAGUGAAACUGAGCCUAAUAUGACUAUGCAAGCUGUAGCAUACAGCUGUGGUUUAUUUGAUGUUAUUCUUGAGUAUGUCCUUGGACAAAGAUUCAGUGACUGUCAAGAUCAUGAAAUAAUUCUCAGCAGUUGUUUUACUUUCCUUCAAAGAGUAGCAAGGAAAAACAAGAGAGCUCAAAAUAAAUUGUUUGUCAGCUUUUAUGAUUUUCUUGAAUUUAAAACAGCUGUGCAACCUAUUAUACGUCUACUUAAUGAGGUUUUUCUAUAA